UCCAAAAUGAGUCAGGCUUCGUCGAGUGCAUAUAAUACACAGCGUAACCGUUACUAUAAUCCCGUCACAAGGAUACAAUCGCUGAUACAGAAUCUGGACGCAGAGCUGAUCACCCUGUGCCGACAAUGUUCGCUGCCAAAGAAUAUUGGCAGCAACGGCAACAGUCCAUUUAGCAGCCUCCUUUCGCAGCAGCAGCUCCAAACGGGCAACAUCAAUAAUAUCAGUACUACGCAGAGUCGCAUUUCUUCGCAGCCACUGUCCACACUGACGCUGGCGCCGGAUGCGCACAGGCGACAGUUGCGCAGUACUUAUCGAACGCGUGUUAUCGACGCCUAUCGCAAUCGAAAGAUAUUCACAGUGUUUGGCAACUAUCACACGGUCAGGCGCGCCUUGGUGCGCCGCGGCUGGUUGGAGAAGCUGCCGGCGGGGCGGCAUGCCAAGCUGCAGACCAUGUCCGAGGAGGCGCUGCUGGAGCAUGCGCGUCGCGGCAAUGACUAUGAAGCAGUUGUCCUAUCCAAAAUGAUCAAUAACUUUCCAUCGUUUUUCAUCUGGCAGAGCAAGGCGCAACGUGACCUUUUCAGCGAGGUCAAACCAUAUCGCAAUCGUGUCCGGCGCAGCCACUUUUUGGACUUCUCCACCAAGGUGGGUCUCGUCGGCUGUGCGGAGCAGGAGCGCUGGUUUCGCGAGGACGGUGUCUGCGGCAUGAGCUAUCCGCGUUUCUAUCGCUUGGGCCCCAACAGCAUGGAGGACCGAGCGGCAUUCAUCGAGGAUUACCAUCAGACACAGGCGCGCUCGCUGCUCCGUUACGUUAAGGAGCACCGUCCGGCUGAGAUGGCCGACCCGGAACAUGGCGAGGUGUUGAGCUUUACGCUUGAGUUUGCCCUCAACAAGGUCAAAACGAUGAUCAGACAGAAGGAGCAUUACUCUCUGGAUGAUGCACGCACCAAAAUGCCAACGGAAAUGAUCGAGAAUCAAUCGUUUAUGGGUCAGUCGUCCAAGGUGCUCCAUAGCCAUGCCAAAUUCAAAGUCAGCGAGAAGGUGAUGACGGAAUAUGCCCGCCUCUCCGCUCAAUAUCUGGAUCAAAUUGAGGCACUGCGUCUCGACUAUCGCUGGGAUGGAUCACGCAAUCUGUGGAUACUCAAGCCGGGCUAUCAGUCCCGAGGCAUUGGCAUCGUUAUGCGCAGCUCUCUGGACGACAUCCUGCAAUGGACGUCCAACAACCAGAAUCGGAAAUACAUUGUUCAAAAGUAUAUUGAACGUCCAUAUCUUAUUUACCGCACCAAAUUUGAUAUUCGUCAAUAUAUGCUGCUCACGAUUAGCGAUAGCCAGGUAACAAUUUGGACAUAUCGUGAUUGCUAUUUGCGCUUCAGCUCGCAGGAGUUCACAUUGGAUGAUCUGCGGGAGUCCAUCCACUUGACGAACAAUUCGGUGCAGAAGCGCUACAAGAAUAAAUUGAAUCGAGAUUCGCGCUUGCCCAAGCACAACAUGUGGUCGCUGGAACAGUUCAAGGGCCAUUUGCGUCAAGUGGGCGCUCCUGACAAUACCUGGACUAAAAUCUACAAUGGCAUCAAACAGAAUCUGGUGGCUGUGGUGUUGGCCAGCCUGGACGAGACGGAACUGGUGCCGAAUGCAUUCGAGCUAUAUGGCUGUGAUUUUAUGCUGGAUGAGCGUUACAAUCCCAUACUAAUUGAAAUCAAUUCCACACCGGAUUUAUCAGCCUCGACGGAGGUGACGGCACGAAUAUGUCCGCUAGUGCUAAAGGAUUGCAUACGUGUCGUAUUGGAUGUGCCGAGGAAUCCCUUGGCCACAACGGGCCUAUUCGAGCGCGCUUUCCAAGUGAAUCACAACGUGAACAAGGAAUUGAAUGGCACACGACCCCUCGAGCUAAAUGGCACCCAAAUGAAACUCUGCGAAACUCUGCCCAAAGCUCGGCCAAAUCCGCGUUCGCGUCUACUGCGCAAAAUAUUCAACAAUGUGAGGGCGACGACAAGUCGCAAGCUUGGCAAAGAUAAAAGCAAAACGGUUACAACGCCCCAAACCACCAAGCUAAUCGUCGGCAAAGUGGGCAGCCCGAAGUUGUCCAGAGCGAGCUGGAAUUUGGACGGCAAAGUGGGAUUAAACUCAAAGACGAGAGAGAAUUUAGCACUGCAAUAUACAGCACCCAAAUAAUGACUAACAGAUAAAUAUAUCUCGAUCGAAGACAUCGCCCACAAUCAGCAGGCCUUUAACUGGACUUUAACAAGAAAAUAGUUAGUUUAACAAGAAUAGUUAUAUAUAGAGAGACUUCAGAUAUUCAUGUUACGUCAUACGCUUUACAAUUGAAUAAAAAAAGAAACUAACAAAAACACGAA